GUGCUGAAAGCCAGAGCCAGAAAGCAAAGGGAACUCUGAGACUCACAGUGUGCUAACAGGAAGACUGAAUUCUAUCUUAAGUACUGCGACUGAGAGGGCUGGAAAAUGUGUAAAGGAUUAGCUGCCUUACCCCAAACCUGUCUUGAAAGGGCUAAGGAGAUCAAGUCAAAAUUGGGAGUUUUACUGCAGAAGCCAGAAAAUGCCAUCGACCUCAUCAUCCCCUACCCGGAGAAGGCUGAGAAGAAGCCGGAGAAGCUGCAGAAGCCCAGUCCUGAGGAGGCUGCCCAGUGGCGUGAGAGUCUGGACCGAGUCCUGAACAACAGCUAUGGUCUGUCUGCUUUCCGUAGCUUCCUGCAGUCCGAGUUCAGUGAUGAGAACAUCGAGUUCUGGAUGGCCUGUGAGGACUUCAAGAAGACCAAGAACCCUCUUAAGAUGGCCGCCAAGGCCAAGAAGAUCUACGAAGACUUCAUCCAGUCUGAGGGACCCAGAGAGGUGAACAUUGACCACUUCACCAAGGAUGUGACCCUGAGGAACCUGGUGGAUCUUUCCCCUGCAACCUUUGACCUGGCCCAAAAGAGAAUCUACGCCCUGAUGGAGAAGGACUCCUUUGGCCGUUUCCUCCGGUGUGAGCAGUACCAGGAGCUCCUGGUCAACUAAGUCUGAGCCGGAGUCUGAGGAGCUGGGGAUGGGGGGUGGAGAGGUUUCAAACCGCAGUUACUUAACAUGAAAAUACAAGGAAACAACUGAUAUAUUUUUUAAAUUGAGUAUUUCUAAUAAACUACCAUUGUGUAUGAGAGAUCGAGAACCAAAGACCUUUAUUUUACAAAAGAUCCAAAAGGAUCAAGGGCGAAAAAAAUUAGAUUUCAAAAUUCUGUUUCAAAUUUUGCUAAAGGUAAUGACUGCCUUUUGAAAUAGCCCCACCUCCCCAUCAAACACACACACACACACACACACACACACACACACAAACAAACAAACACACUCACUCACACACGUUCUUGAACUUCUAUCCAAAUGCAGAACCUGCAGCUGACAACCCGAAAACUCACGAAAGGUAGAAGUACAGGACUCACACAUACAACUUUAUUUUACUAUUUUCAUGAUGACUCAUUAUUGGCAUAAUGCAUUCCCCAGUUACUUACCUUUGCCAUCACAACUCUUGCCUAACCUAAACCUAAUUCUUACCUGAAUGCUAAAACCAAGUCUUAACCCUCAAUGAAAAACCAUUUAAACUUGUGGUGUCCAGAUUUUUGAUCCCCACAAAGCUGUCAGACCCCACAAGUAUAGUGGGAUUUCUGUUUUUGGGCCUCACGAAUAUAGUAAAACAAGCACACACACUCAAACCCACAGAGAAUCAAGAUCCACAUCAAAACACAUAUCAGUGUGUUUCUAUGAAGAAUACAGAGCUCAGUCUUUUCAAGGCCACAAAGUCAGUUCUUUAAAUUAUACUUAUGAUGUUAUCCCUAGGACACAUUACCUGAUUUACACUUGUGUGUCAAGGUGUUGGUGUAACUUUUCCAGACCCAACCAGAGAGAUUUAUAGUUAUGCGUAUGCUUGACCCUGCUGACUGCCGUUCAUUCUGUAGCACACCCAAAGAAUGGCUUAUCUUACCUUGGCCUGCUCCAUGUUAUCUAUCAAAUACACUAUGAGGUCUGGAAAAUUCAAAGCAUUCCAAACACAGCAGUUACAAUUUUGUCAUGUUUGCAGCUAUUAAAAAAAUCUAACAUGUGCUGUAGUUACAUUUUGGAAAGCAGCAUCAGAGUUGCAGAUGAGUCUUUUAAGUAUCUACAGUACAGUCUUAUGCAGCAUAACACUUUGAUGCAUCUGUAUAAAUUAGCUGUAAUGCAGGGCUGUUUCUGGCCAUUUUGGUGCCCUAGGCCACAAACCCACCUGACAUCACUAAAAAUCACAUUAAUUAUUAAUUUUAUUCAAAUUCUACUCCGUGUCAUCAACACCGGAUGCAGCCACCUGGCUCACCUAUUCCUAAAAACAACUGUGCCUUUAUGUAGAACUGAUGUUGAUGGUGGAUUGCAUGACUAAAUGGAAAACAAAUAGCUUGUCCCCAAAAAGAUUGACCUUAAUGCACAGAAAUGUUCAAUCAUUCUAAAACAAAACAUAACCCAUUUUUGGCCCUAUUUCCCUUUCCACAGAAAUGCAAGUCUCAUUCAGACAGACAUCAGAGUGACUCUGAAGUGCUUUGUGGUUUUCUCAAGAAGACUCAAACAUGUUUUGCAAUUUUGAGUUCUUGGAAAGGGUAUGACCUAUAACAUUUUCUGUCUACGGAAAAAAAAAAUGAUGGGAAACUAAAUAGUGUGACAUUAAUACAGUUGGCAGUUUGAAAUCAAUGGAUUCCUUGAAUAAUUCCCA